AUGGGAUCACCGCUUGGACCGUUCCUUGCAAAUGUUUUUAUGGGCAAAGUUGAGAAGACAAGAUUACAAGAUGCCAUUAAUGACCUCGUCUUCUACGGUCGGUACGUGGACGAUAUCUUCUGUCUGGCGGAUGGUACCACCGAUAUCGACGACCUUGUCCAAAAUUUCAACAGUGCGCACCCCUCGCUAAAGUUCACUACACAGGCCGAGGUAGAUAACGAAAUUGCGUUUCUCGAUGUCCUUCUGCACAGGCAGUAGGAUGGGUCUAUCCAGCCCAGGGUGUUCCGAAAGAAGACUUGGACGGGACAAUACAUUAAUUUCAACAGUUUUGUUCUCCUCAACAUCAAAUGAAAUCUAGUCCAGGGAUUGACAGCUAGAGUGAGACGCAUCUGCUCACCUGAAGCUAUUGAAGAAGAACUUCAACAGCUGCGGAACACACUUCGCGAGAACGAAUACCCAGAUAGAUUUAUCCUCCGAAAUAUUGGAGAACGCAUUGCAAAGCCCAUUGUUGCGACCGCAGAAAAGAAAGAUAUACUCAUAAGACUGCCUGUUGCGGGGAACGCAGCGGGGGAACUAGUCAGACGGCGUUUAACUACAGCUAUCACGGGGGUAUUCCCCGCGGCGAAUUUAUGCGUAUGCUUCACAAACUCUCCCCUCCUACGUUUAGGGAGUAACUACAGACUACAGUUGGAGGCCACGUCAAUGUGUAUGUACUCAUUCACUUGCUCCUGUGGGGCGGGAUGCAUCGACCGUACGACGAGACGCCUGGUAAAGAGGAUGCACGAACAUACGCCGCCUGGCUAGACAGAGGUGAGACCCGGUCGAUUUCGAGUUCUAUUCUCGCACAUUUAAUCGAUACGGAUCACCGAGUCGAUACCAAGGAAGCAUUUCAGGUUGUCUACCGGACACCAACAAGCUUCUCUAAAAGCCUACGCCAACGGAUACUAGCAACAGCCGAGGCAGUGGCUAUAGCGCAAGCGAAUCUGGUGUUAUUCUGUCAGAAAACCCUGACACAAUCGCUCUCUCUCUGUCGUGGCCAACGCCAACCUCACGUGAUGUCGACAUGCCGCCUCAAAUCCCUAAUUACAGUGAUGGGUACUCCGUGUACUCAAUCCAGGAACAUCACUCAGAGACUCUCUUACUCCCCUCCCCCAGCUCUAAGGACCAAAACCCGCCGAUCGCGUCAUGUGGCGGCGUGGGGAAAAUUAGUGGUAAUGACUUAAUUGCCCUUAAGACACCUCUAAACACUGUUUAUUUUGUACAUUUUUCAUUCCUUCCUGUAACUGCAUUGGUCUGACGAAGAAUUACCGAAAACACGUGUUUGCCAACUUGACUUUUCAAAUGUCAGUAUGACCGGAGGUGAGUAAGGUUACAGUGGGUGUCAAGGCCAAGCAGACCGUCUAGGCUUGCCACACACUAUCUGGUCCCCACUACAUGUGCCAGACUUCUGCAAGGGUGACUGUGAUCUCACACGCGUGAGAGUGCCACUAAGGCCAUAUUGAGUAAGAGACGUUGCAGCCUGACUUUGAGUCUUUCAGUAAAUCAUCCUACAACACACUGAGUGAUGAACACGAAGAUCGAGUUAUAUCAUCGCGUCGUGAUAGAUACAGGCCCGGGAGAUAUUUUUGGUGGGGAAAAUACUGAUACCGGCAUCACUCCUUAUCCCCUUCCCAAUGCACCAUUCGACAGCCCGAGCCCGGUCACUUGAUGCUGAGAUCGGGCGAAGUAGUCUUUAUCUUGCAAGUGAUUGUCGCAUGUUUCGAAGGCUACUCAUUCUGUACACAUCCACCGAUAAUCAAGAACUGGCUUUGGUGUCUUUUAUUUAGUCUUGAUUCACUGCUCUAUAAAUAGUUGAUCACUCCCCUGCCAAGUGGAUCGUUUCAAAGCACUGCGUCCGACGGACAAAGAUAUGCGUGUCCAAUAAGCCCGGCUGUGUCGCAGUCUGUCCGCCCCCUGACUCCGUUCCGUUAGCUGCAUCAGCUGGUACGCCCAGACCUGCUGACCCAGCGGUCCCAUUCACCCUCCCUAACCCCACUUCAAAAGUCCUACGUGACAAGCAUCCCGCAGGUGGUCUAGGCUAACUCGGGCUGUUCUCCACUACACAAAGUCAUGGACCAUAGCGCAGUUCGGGAGCCCACUAGGACGUCAAGCCAGUCCUAUUUAGGCGCAUCACUGCCCUUGCCCUGGUGGGGAAGGCGCUACAAAAGAUGCCCUAGACUAAUACUGGGGGAUCAUACCGUCUGUUGGUGUAUCGUGGAUGUAUAUACAAAACUUAUGCUCGAAAAAAAACACAAUGGGCAACAAUCCCCGCUUCUCCCCUCCCCUCCGCCCAUCCCACCGGCAUUUAGAGUGAGUCCAAUCACGCUGGCAGUCUGGAAUGUUUGUUCCUUUUUAGACAAUGCAAUGAGCAACUGACCGGAACAGAGGACAGCACUAGUCGCUGGAGAACUGGCGCACCACAAGGUGGACAUCGCUGCUCUCGGUGAGACCCGCUUCUCUGAACAAGGACUACUGGAGGAGAUGAGUGCUGGCUACACCUUCCUUUUGGAGCGGCCUCCCAAAGGCAGAGUGAUGCAACACGGCGUCGCCUUUGCCAUUCAGAACGACAUCGUGGAACGACUGUCCUGUCUCAUGUAGGGGAUCAACAACCGACUAGUGAGUUUACACCUACCCAUUCGGGGAGCAAGAGUUGCCACUAUCAUCAGUGCCUACGCCGUCCCGCCUCCCUAUGACCAGAUCCGAUGACGUAAAGAAGAGAUUCUUGUCCCAGUAAUCGUGUUUCCUUCGCCACAGCAGCUUCCUGGGAAUCGCCUCUUUGCCUUCCUUUGCAAAUUAUCCGAGGGCCUGCACCCCCUCCUGGCGUUUGUGAAAGAGGCGGACAAACUAGUUGUCCUUGGCGACUUCAACGUCCGCAGUGGGAUAGACCAAGCUGCCUGGGAGGAAAUGCUGGGUCCCUGUGAUAUCCGUGGAUGCAACGAAAAUAGCCUUCUCCUGUGA